AUGUUUCCGAUGCGGCACCCGCUGAAUCCGAGCGGAUUGCUCACCUCGACCGAUGACGAUGCGCGAGGCGACAGCAGCGUGGCAGCGAUUCAGGCCAUCCUGCGCGAGGCCGCCCUCUACAAGCAACGCGCCACCCAGCAGGGCGCCACCGCCUACCUCGGGAAGGCGACAGCAGGCGAGCGAGGGGUGCCCGACCGCCGUUUCCUGCGAAACGUGAUCACCCACACGCUGGCCCACAACCGCGCUGGCGGCGGCGACCACGGCGGCACAGGGGACCGCUCGCCGUCGCGGCGGCGGCACCGAAGGAAGCACGACAACUCGGACACCGAUGACCACGAUCGGCGCGACGGCAGGCCAAGGCCCCGCAGCCGCGCCAGUGAUGAUGAUGAUGAUGGCUACCACGCGCGCAAGAGGUGCAACACCGGAUGCAGGAGCGGGCCAGCAGCGAAGAGGUCCGCGAGGAUCGGCGAGGCGCCGACAGCCGCGGAAGCGACACUGCGGCGGCAGACCACCGCCAAGCCGGUGGUGGAUAGUGGUGGUGCGCCGAGGACCGAGGACCAGCUGCGCCAGGCCCUGCUGCGUGCGAGAGAGGCCCACGAGCAGUCAGACGCACCCGCGACGACGACGACGACGACGGCGUCGGUGGGUCCGACCAAGGAGAUGGCGUUCGGCGGCAAGUGCGUGCGCGGGCGGGGCAACCGCAAGUUCCUGAAGCGCAAGCCGCAGAUCGAGGAGGACGAGGCCAGUUGGGAGCGCGGCGACGUCGGUGAGCGAAGCGAGGAGGGCGAUGACGGCGAUGGCGGUAGGAAGAAGAAGAGGAGGAGGAGGAGCCGAGAUCGUUCACCCACUUCAUCGUCAUCAUCGUCAUCGUCAGAAUCGGACAGCGAAGAAGAGAGGAAGCGAAAGAAGCGGCGAAAGAGGCGGAAGGAGCGAAAAGAGAAGAGGAAAGAGAAGAGGGACAAGAAGAAGCAUAAGAGAGAAAAGAAAAAGUCACCCACAUCCAAUAAAUAG